AAUGCGAUGAAUGAGGAACACGACCGUGCUGCCUCAGAGGAGGACAUGUCUUCCGAAGAGCAUCGGGAGAGCCACGAGGAAGAGGAGGAAGAUGAAGAAGAGCCUAGUGAGCAGGACUCUGACUCUGGAGGUCUCGAUAACGAAGAAAUAACCGAUGAAGACGAGGUGGCAAACGAGAAAAGUGUAAGUGAUUUAGAAGUGGAUGAGGAAGGAGAUCAUCCCGAGAGUGACGAGGACGGCUCAAUUAUACACGACGGCGAUGAAGCUCCUGACAAUGCCAGUCGUGAUGCUCCAAGCACGCGUGUUGGAAAGAAGGAUGCUCAAGCUGUCGCGGCUGCGAAAAAGAAGGCGAGGGAACCUGCAGCUCGCUCCAGCAAGAAGGAUAGAGCUUCUUCUGAGACCACUAGUGGUGCUGGCCCGAAACGCUCUGCAGCAACAGGAGCUCCAGAAAGCAGCCGCACCGGAGGCACGUCGUCGGCAAAGCGGGCACCCUCGAGGGAAGACAAGCGGCGGAACAGUCGGCGCUCAGUAGUCAAGGAGGAGCGGAAACCAAAACAACGAGAGAGCGCGGAGACCGACGACCACGAGGAGGAUGAAGCGGCCCACGCUGAGGAGGAUGAAAGAGAAGAUACGCACGUUCCUGCUCGUGGUGCAUCGACGCGACAGCUGAAGAAGGGCACUGUCUCUUCUAGCAAGACCGCUGCCUCAGGGACCACCUCGCGAUCGAAAAAAGUCACGGGGGCAGCGACUGCUACUGACAAGGACAAAGGAGCCACAAGCAGGGGCACAGGCACGGGCACAGCUUCCAGCAGUAGCAAGGCGAGUCGGACGGCUACCGGUGGACGCACCACAAAAAGCGGUCGUCGUGGUUCCGUCACCGUCGUCGCUGCAGCCGGACCAACGCGCGGCAGCUCUGACGUAGAGCACGCGGAAGACGAGGUCGUCGAGGUCUCUCCGAAAGGCCGAUUCUCAAGGUUCAAUCGCAAACUGGGUUCUGGUAGUUAUAAGCAAGUGUAUCUGGGCUUCGACAACGAUACCGGCCGUGAGGUCGCCUGGAACGUCAUCCCGUUUUCCAGGAUGAGUCCUACCGAAAAGAAGCGUAUCCAGGACGAGAUCAACAUCACGAAAAGCCUCGAUCAUCGCCGCAUCAUACACUGCAUGAACGCGUGGAAAAAUAGCGUACUCUACUACAACUCUUUCUCUUUCAUAUUAACUUUAUCUUCAUGUAGUUGCAUCUUCUUCCGGUCUGUCUUUUUUCUAGUUAGGUCGGCUCCACCACAAAUUUAUCAUGUAGUUGCACUUAUAGCAGGAGGAAAUAAGUACCAUAAUGAUAAUCUAUCAUGAUUAACAGGGACUAGUAGUAGUAUUAACAAAUUGAUGACACAACUUCAAGAUUGCCACGACAUUGAGACUUAUCACAUUUUAAUAUGAACUUACACAGGAGCGUGAGGAGGUGAUUUUUAUUACUGAGCGGGUGACUGGUGGUAGCUUGCGCAGUUACGUGAAUCGUCUUGGAGGUCCCCUGAAAUUGAAAGUUGUGCGCAAUUGGGCGUGCCAGAUCCUAGAGGGUCUCGAAUAUCUUCACACCCGCGAGCCUGCAGUGAUUCACCGCGACUUGAAGUGUGAUAAUAUCUUUAUCAACGGGAACGUGGGCCAAAUUCUCAUCGGAGAUUUGGGCCUCUCGUCCACGCUAAAGAUGACGCGAACAGGUGGAAUGGCCCAGAGUGUAGUCGGGACACCAGAGUUCAUGGCGCCGGAACUGUACGAAGAACGCUACGGCACGCCGGUUGACAUUUACGCUUUCGGCAUGUGCCUCGUGGAAAUGGUCUCGCGCCAGUUUCCUUUUGCGGAGUGCACGACCACAGUCCAAGUUUACAACAAGGUACUUGUAAGCAGUUGUAAGUACUUACUCCAUCUACCCAGUGAUAAUUGUCUUUCUCGAGGAUUCAAGAAACCAAGUCCCUGAAUUGUGUAGCUCAUCGUUAUUUUCGAUCGAAAAUAUCUGCUGUAGGUUAUGAACGGCGAGCAGCCGCGUGUGAUCAAGCGCAUCCAGGAUGAGAAGUUGCGCGGUUUGAUUCAAGCGUGUUUGUUGAAAGACGGGAAGCAGCGACCCACCGCGACGGAAGCGUUGAUGUUUUCGUUUUUGCGACAAGAGGGUUCCAACGGCGAUCAGCUCUGUGGCCUGGAUCCCGAGGAACAGCCGCGAGGGGGCCGGUCGGAACAACAGCUGGAGUCG